UCACCGUCUUUUGGUCCGGGAGGUGAGGCCGCCCUGCCUGCAGCCACAGCAACCCGCGGAACCUUUUCAGCCUGAGCGUGAGUCUCGCGGCCACCUGACGGCAGUUUAACAUGGAGAAGUCGCGGCCGCCGGGGGAGGCCGAGAGGCGGAGGUCAGAAGCGUGGAUCCCCUCGGCCCUCCCUGCUUACGGAGCCGCGCUUCUGCGAUCCGUGUGAGACAGCUCCCCGUUGCCACCUCUGCGCCGUUUCCUCUGGGAGAGCGGUAAAGCCGGCAGGUCCUGCGGAGGAGCCUAGUUAGAUGAGGCUCCGGUCAACGCUCAGGUCGGCGGCGGCGGCGCCUGGUCCCGGGUCGCCUUUUGCUGUCCACACAGUUCUGCGUUCGCAGCGCGCGUUUCACCUGGAAGCUGGCGAAGAGAAACGGGGGCCCGGCCUCGGGAGAAGCCGCAACCCGCCGCCUCAUCCUCCGAGAAGCCGAGGGCGUAGUUUCACCGCAGCCUUUUCUUCACCCCUGAAUCGGAGCUGGAGGGAGGGACUGUGCUGCCACUGAACCGAAGGCACGUCCUUGCUCCGUGGUCUCUUGCCAUCAGCCGGGUUUCCUUCUCUCUGUAAAUUAUCAGGAGGAAAAUGACCAGAUUUUUGUCGAAUACCUGAGUUAUGCGUAGGGCUCAGAAGUGAGUUUAUUAAUAACACCUCACCCUGACGUCCAGACAUUCUUCUGUGGACUAUGUAGAUUGGUCUACAAGAGAAAGGGACUCCUGGUUCUUAGAACUUUCCAUCUGUUCAUUUAAUACUUGGAGCUGCUUUAUGAGACAUGCCUAUUCAGGAAUCUGACCUUCCCCAGAAGGAACAGGAACAAAUGACCAAGUUUCAGGAGGCAGUGACAUUCAAAGAUGUGGCUGUGGUCUUCACCACAGAGGAGCUGGGGCUGCUGGACCUUACUCAGAGGAAGCUGUACCAAGAUGUAAUGGUGGAGAAUUUCAAGAACCUGGUUGCAGUGGGGUACCUUCCCUUCAAAGUAGAUAUGGUGUCCCAGUUGGAAGCAGAAGAAAAGCUUUGGAUGAUGGAGACAGAAACCCAGAGAAGUAGCUAUUUUGGCAAUACAAGUCAAAAUGAGAUGGAAACUCUUCACAAAUUUGCAUUAAAAUACCUUUCACAUGCAGAGCUAUCCUGCUGGCAAAUCUGGAAACAGGUUGCAAGUGAAUUAACCAGAUGUCUUCAGAGGAAGAAUUUCCAGUUAUCACAAGGUAAUUCCAUUCAGGUUUUUGAAAGUGAGAGCAUUAUAAAGAACCAUAAAGGAAAUGGUUCCAGGUAUGCUGAAAAUGAAGAGUUUUCAACUUUAAGAACCCAGGAUUCUUGCCAGAAUGCAUAUCUGAUCAAGUCACAGAAUCUCAGUAGAAAUAAGCAAAUUGAUGUGAAAAGCAGUCUGCAUUUGUGUGAAGACUUGAUGAGGAAAUCACCAAUCAGUGAACAUGUUAAAAAUGAGACAGAGCAGAAGCCCUGCAAAUGCGACAAAUGUGGCAGGAGCGAUAUCUAUGGCUCCAGUCUGCAGUUACCCUUUCAAGAGAAACCACAUCCAUGUAAUGAGUGUGGAGUGAGCUUCCAUUAUAGUCCAGUGCUUCACCUUCAUCAGAAGGUUCACACAGGAGAGAAGUGCUUCAGUCAGAACACACACCUGCAAACUCAUCAGAGAGUUCACCCAGGAGAGACACUGGGUAAGUGUCAGGAAUCUGGUGAUUGCUUUAAUAAGAACCCUUUUUAUUCUCACCAGUCUAACCCAGGAGAAAAGUCCUAUAGAUGUGACAAUUGUGGCAAGAGAUUCAGUAGCAGCACAGGUCUCAUCAUUCAUUAUAGGACUCACACUGGAGAGAAACCUUAUAAAUGUGAGGAGUGUGGUAAAUGCUUUAGUCAAAGUUCCAAUUUUCAGUGCCAUCAGAGAGUUCACACUGAAGAAAAACCAUACAAAUGUGAAGAGUGUGGCAAGGGCUUUGGCUGGAGUGUUAAUCUCCGUGUCCAUCAGAGGGUCCAUAGGGGUGAAAAGCCUUAUAAAUGUGAGGAGUGUGGGAAGGGAUUCACUCAGGCUGCACAUUUCCACAUCCAUCAGCGAGUCCACACUGGGGAGAAACCCUACAAAUGUGAUGUGUGUGGUAAGGGCUUCAGCCACAAUUCACCACUGAUAUGCCAUCGCAGAGUCCACACUGGGGAGAAGCCAUAUAAAUGUGAGGUGUGUGGGAAAGGCUUUACCCGAAAUACAGAUCUUCAUAUCCAUUUCAGAGUUCACACAGGAGAGAAACCUUAUAAAUGUAAGGAGUGUGGUAAGGGCUUCAGUCAGGCCUCAAAUCUUCAAGUCCAUCAGAAUGUCCAUACUGGAGAGAAACGAUUCAAAUGUGAAAUAUGUGGGAAGGGCUUCAGUCAGUCCUCAAAGCUUCAAACCCAUCAGAGAGUCCACACUGGAGAGAAACCAUACAAAUGUGAAGUGUGUGGCAAGGACUUCAGUUACAGUUCAAAUCUGAAACUUCACCAAGUAAUUCACACCGGAGAGAAACCAUAUAAAUGUGAGGAGUGUGGGAAGGGCUUCAGCUGGAGGUCAAAUCUUCAUGCUCAUCAGAGAGUUCACUCUGGAGAGAAACCGUACAAAUGUGAAGAGUGUGAUAAGAGCUUCAGUCAGGCCAUCGAUUUUCGGGUCCAUCAGAGAGUCCAUACUGGAGAGAAACCAUACAAAUGUGGUAUAUGUGGUAAGGGCUUUAGUCAGUCCUCGGGCCUCCAAUCCCAUCAGAGAGUCCAUACUGGGGAGAAGCCAUAUAAAUGUGAUGUGUGUGGAAAGGGCUUUAGAUAUAGUUCACAAUUCAUAUACCAUCAGAGAGGACACACUGGAGAAAAACCUUACAGGUGUGAGGAGUGUGGGAAGGGCUUCGGUAGGAGCUUGAAUCUUCGCCAUCACCAGAGGGUCCACACAGGAGAAAAACCUCAUAAGUGUGAGGAGUGUGGUAAAGCCUUUAGUCUUCCCUCGAAUCUUCGAGUCCAUCUGAGUGUUCACACCCGGGAGAAACUCUUUAAAUGUGAGGAAUGCGGGAAGGGCUUCAGUCAGAGUGCACGCCUUCAAGCCCACCAAAGAGUCCACACUGGAGAAAAACCUUACAAAUGUGAUGUAUGUGGCAAGGACUUCAGUCACCGGUCCCGUCUUACAUACCACCAGAAAGUCCACAUUGGCAAAAAACUCAAGAAAUGAAAAUUUUUUGUUGACUUCUGCCUGAAUGUACAACUUCAAGUUUUUUGAGUCUGUGCUGGUGAUGAAACCCUAUUAAAAUAUCGAGAGUGGUAGGGGUUUUCUUCAGACUCAGAAUCUAACACAUACUUUAAAAUGAUGACGUAGAACCAGAGUAACAGGACUAGAAUUCAGAUUUCAGGAAGAAAUUGAUAUUGCCAUCCUGUUGGCAAGAUCCAGUUAAUAUAAAUGACCAUCUUUCAGUGUGACUCUAUGCUUAAAGGUAUUGUAUAAAAGGAUAUUUGCCAUAUGUUAACUAGUUAUUAUUUUUGAUCAGGAAGGGUUUUGAACUAUUUUCCUUUAACUUUCCUUUUAUACUUACAGUGGUCAUUAUUUUUACUAAAAAGCUGUAAAGCUAUGGAAAAAUAAAAUUGCUGACUAAAAAUUUCCUGUUACUAA